AUGCCGCGCGGCCUAAGGCGUCGGGAGUGGCGGCAGGAGCGGUGCUUCAUCAACAUGUGCCAGGCGGCAAAACGGCCAGAUACCAGCAUCACCCGGGCUGGCGCAAAACUACUGAGGCGAUACUUCGCGGAUUACGGCAUUCCUGCAAACGAACUCGCCAAUAUGGCCGAGCCACCGGAAGCUGAGAAAGAAACGACUCGUGAGGCUUCGACGGUGUGGAGUAGCGGCCUCACAGAAAUCGCGGAGUUCGUCCUCGCACAAACCCGACGCGUCCAAUCUGCGGUCGCGACGGGCAAUUUCCCGGAUCUUGACUCGACGGGAUUUCCUCGACGGGAUUUCCUCGACGGGAUUUCCUCGACGGGAUUUCCUCGACGGGGUUUUGGGUUGACGGGUUUUGGGGAAACGGGCGCGCUGGUCGACCCGUCGGAUGGUUACGCGUCGCACUGGAUUCUGGCACCGUGUCUCACGGCCCAUCACCCGCGCCGACUUUCCCGUCGAGCUCGGCCCUGCGUCGCGCCCAUCAAUACGCGUCGCGUGUUAAUCAGCCGCGUCGAAGUCCAUCACUCGCGUCCGCCGACAUCCAUCUCGCCUUCUUCCUCCGGCGCCCGGCGCGCCCACUUCUUCGCGGGGCACUACACCACAACCGUCCCGCUGCCACGCACGCGCACUCCCCAGGUGGGUGUGUCGUUGCACAUCAUGGUUCGCGCUGAGGACAUCUACGUUGAGGAGGGCGGGCCCGACACGGGCAACCUCGAGACUGCUGGCAUCGUCGUCUAUGCAAGCAGAGCACAUCGGUCUCGCCUCCCUGACCCGUCCGAUCAGCUCGCGGUAGCCCAAGCUGCCUCUCCCCGGUCCAAUCGCGACUCGGCGCUACCGUGGCGGAAUGUGAUCAAGCGCAGCAAUCCUUCGCAGCUGUGGAGCAGCAACGCGGCGUAG